AUGAGUUCUGGAAAUAAAUACUGCAUACAUCUUAUAGCAGCCAGGAAGUUUUUACUCAGUUUUUUAAAGUUACCUGAGGAAUUUUUGAGAGAAGACUUUGAUAUCUGUUAUAAUAAUCAAUGUAAUUUUCAAAUUAACUCUGAAAUAGAGUAUUUCGGGAUCCCUAGAAAAGAAUGUGAAAUUCCACAUGGAUUUGUUGGAAUUGGAAUUAAUAAUGGUGAAAAUGUCCCAUUUGAAAUGAAAAAGUUUAUUCAAAUAAAGAAUCCAACAAACAGUAACCAAAUUGAUAAGUUACUAGGAGAUAUUGGUGAACCAACAUACAGAGAGAUCCAAAUUAAGCAAGAAGACACUAGAGACUCGAUUAGAAAGGCUUUUAGUUUGUCUCAUGAGACAACAGAAAAUUUAAAGAAAACCAAUACUAGUAAAUUCCCAAUCUCCCCAAACCAAGAAACUGAGUGUAAUGAUGAAAAUCAACAUUAUCCAAAUUUUAAUGAAAGCUCCAGAAAUAAUUAUAGAUCCAAAUUACUAAGCUGGUUUAGAGAUCAGAAACCAAUUUGGGAUGAAGAGGACUACUUUGUGAAGAGCGAACUUUUUAGGUCAACUCCUGACUGGAAAAGACUUGAGACUUAUAGGGACUUAAUAAGUUGUGAAUGGGGAUCUGCAAAGGUUCUGAUGAUGAUCCAGUUUUGGCAAAUUUCCUUGACCUUUACAGAUAGACUAGUUAAUAAUAAAGAUUCUUCUAUUAUAGAGUAUCUUGGAGGUAAUGAAGAAAGUUGUCUACCUUUAAGAUUAUUGGUGAAGUUCGAAAGGAAGACUUCAAAAGAAACAAUCAUUCAUGAAAACCCCUCAUUAAACUUUAAAGAAAAGCUGGAUAUAAAGCAAAUGAAGGAUUUUCACAGUGCUAAUGAGACAAAUUUAGUAAGAAAAAAGAGUCAACAGAAAUCUAAUUCAAGUCUGGAAUUAUUAUCAGAAAAUGAAAAUCACUUUAAAGAAGAUGAGACACAACUCAAUAAGAUCAAUAUAAGAUACUUAAAGAUGGUUAAAUAUAUCCAAGGAAAAGACAAGUCUAGAGAAUUCAAAUCUCUUGAAAAUAGAUUUAAGAAUUUGGAAAAGUCUUAUUGUUAUUUAUAUAUUGACAACCAAAAAGAUUUCUUUCUUAAGCUUCAAACUAAAUAUGACAAAGAAAUAAUUAAUAUGAUUAAGACAUGUAUUAAAGGCAGGAAGUAUGAUAACGAGACCAAAUUGUGGUUACUUCCAAUUGAGACACUUUAUGAAUCAGUUUGUAUGGUAGAAUUCCUGGGAGGUACUAUAGACAAAAAAGUUUUGUCUUUGUUAAUAAAUGGAAACAAGACUAACUUGGAUCACGAGCUAAUGUUUUCUAUGGAUGAAUUGGAUAACUGGAGAAGCUUGUUACCAAAAUCUUCUCGUGGGACAUGGUACAGGUUAAAUAUUAAAUUUAACUUAAGUAGUAUAGCUGAGAUAUAUAGAGGGAAUCCUGAGAAAUUUUCAGAUAACAAUUUUAAGCUCACAUUCACUAAGGAAGGAAUUGAUGAACACCACCAAAGCGAGCUGAUUAGAACACUUAGAAAUAAUAAUAUUUCAGUAAAAUGGGACUCAAAUGAGAAGAGCUGGAAAAUACCUAUAGAACAGUUUCAAAAAGUAAUCAGUACAUGCAGAGGGAAUCUAGAAUUUUGCUUUUCCAGUAUGUUUGACCAUAUAAUAUUCAAAAAAGUUCAAGAAAUGAUUAAAGACCAAAGUUUUCAAAACAAGAUUAUAAAUUUAAACAAAAUGAACCAGAACAAAAGAAAGGAAUGUAAAUUAGAAGGUUUAAAUAGUUCAAACAAAAAGAAAAGGUUGAAUAUAUUUGAAUCUGAUGAAGAAGAAGUCUUAAGAAAGAAUUAUGGGAUUGGAUUUGAGGAAGAUUAUGAUAAUGAGGAAAUAAAUUUAGGGAAAAACGAGGAGGCUGUGAUUUUAAGUUGUUUAGGGAACGAUGAUCACGAUAACAAGAGGUUAGAAACCAAGAUAACAAACAUGAUCAAGAAUAUUAAGACUCCCAAACAUAUUGACAAGAUUGAGUUUAUACUUUGGCCUAAACAUUACAAGGACUGGGAGUCAAUUUCAUUUCUAAUAAUCUCCAAAGAUUUUAUAAUGAAUAACUAUCAUCCAAAAUUGCUUUUAUCUAUAGUAAGUAAUGUAAUGAUUGUCUCAGAAGGAAUGAUUGAUUAUAUAAUACAAAAGAAUACCUGGCCUGACAAUUCAUUUGAAACCAAGUUUGAACUUCUCAAAGGUUUGCCUUCUCUAGAAUCCAGACUUUACAUUAGUGAAGGAAUAUUCUGUAAAACAAAACUUUUUAUUGUUGGUCCCCCAGGAAACAAUCACUUUAAACUAUGUACUCGUCUAGCCACCUUAGGGAACGCCUCUUUUGUUCAAGAUCCACUUCUUGCAGACUACAUAAUAAUAUGUGAUGAAUCGGAUCCCAAUGCUUUAAAGAUCAAGAAAUCAGUCCCAAAAAAGCAAGCCAGUAAAGUUCAAAACACACAUGGAGAGACCCACUCUAUUCAGGUGACUCCAAAAUGGGUAUAUGAUGUAGUUUUGGACUUUACUAUAAUAAAGCCUACUUCGAAACGUAACCAUAAAGCUUGGAUAAGUGAAUGA